GCGCCGGAGCCCGGAUGGAACAGCUAGCUAACUCCAGGGAUCUCUUUGGGCUAAAAAGGACAAGCAGAAGAAACGACUGUGGAAAGCCACUAGCUAGCUAGCUACAUGAUCCAAAAAGUACAUUUGGUGGACAUUUUCGGAUAUACGUGUUCUGGACAUUGAAUCCGAGCCAACCGGACGGCGACUUGAACUGUGGAAGUGUGGCUUGGAUUGGAAUACGUAGCUAGCCACAGACAGUGGAAAAACACUUGGCUUGCAUUGGUAGCUAGACUAGCACAGCCCCGGAUAACUGAACAGUGAGCUAGCUAGCUAAAGAAACACGGUUUUCGAUCCAGUGACCUGCCAAGGCUCCGCGAGACUCCUAAGAAUUGCUUGAUGAAUUAUGUCUGCCACGAGCAUUGACCCUCAGAGAUCAAAAGGAGCAUCUAAAGUGCAAAAUGGUUCGCUGCAUCAGAAGGAAACUGUCCACGACAAUGACUUUGAACCAUACCUUACUAGCCAGUCAACUCAGAACAACAGCUACCAGUCCAUGACAGAUCCCUAUCUGUCCAGCUACUACGCUCCCUCCAUUGGAUUUCCUUACCCCCUCAGCGAGGCCCCCUGGUCCACCGGCGGAGACCCUCCAAUCCCCUACCUCACCCCUUACGGACCCUUGAGCAAUGGAGACCACCACUUCAUGCCUGACACUGUGUUUGGUCAACCGGGGGGGCUCGGCAACAGCAUCUACCCCCACAGAUUUAACUUUUUUCCAGAGAACCCAACCUUUUCUACCUGGGGCACCAGUGGCUCCCAGGGCCAGCAGACUCAGAGCUCAGCCUAUGGGGGCAGCUAUAGCUACCCUCCUAGUUCCCUAGGGGGCACCCUGGUACCUGAUGGCCAGACUGGCUUCCACAGUGAAACCCUCAACAAGGCUCCUGGCAUGAACAGCCUGAACCAGGGCAUGGUGGGCCUGAAGAUAGGUGGAGACGUCACCGGACAGGGUUCAGGGGUCAAGGCUGUAGGCUCUGUGAUAGGUGGACCGGCAGUGACGGCAGCAGGGAAUGGGGGCUCGCCCAUGGGUAUGCCCCCACCUAAGCCCACCUCCUGGGCUGCUAUCGCUAGCAAGCCGGCCAAGCCCCAGCAGCUGAAAGCCAAGGUGAAGCCAGGUAUGCUCAUUCCUGGGGGAGCUCUGCCACCACCACCCAUUAAACACAACAUGGACAUUGGCACCUGGGACAACAAGGGACCUGUCGCGAAGGUGGCCACAGCCCCUUUACAGCAGCAGCAGACCCUCUUGCCCCAUGCUCAUGCCAUGCAGCCCCCCAUGCAGCAGACCCCCAUGCAGCCCCUUCCUCCCCAGUCCCUGGUGCAGCAGGAAAUGCAGCCUAUGACCUUACAGCACCAGCCUCCCCACCACCAGCACCACCCACCCCCUCCCCAGCCCUACCAGAACCACAGCCAGCCCCCACCCCCCCAAGCCCGCUGGGUUGCCCCACGUAACCGUAACCUUGGUUACGGUCAAGGAGUGCCCAGUAUGGACAGUAGUGGAGUGAUUGGCAUGGUGGGUAGUGGGAAUGGUGGCCCUCCAGGGCCAGCAGGGCUUGGGCCUGGCGGGGAGUCUCACCCUGUGCUGGAGAAGCUGCGUGCUGCACACAGCUACAACCCCAAGGAGUUUGAGUGGAACCUGAAAAAUGGCCGUGUGUUUAUCAUCAAAAGUUACUCUGAAGAUGACAUCCACCGCUCCAUCAAGUACUCCAUUUGGUGCAGCACAGAGCACGGCAACAAGCGCCUGGAUGGAGCCUUCCGGACCAUGAACGGAAAAGGCCCUGUCUACCUGCUGUACAGCGUCAACGGCAGCGGGCACUUCUGUGGCGUGGCAGAGAUGCGCUCGCCCGUGGACUACGGCACCAGUGCUGGCGUUUGGGCACAGGACAAGUGGAAGGGCAAGUUUGAUGUGGACUGGCUGUUUGUCAAGGAUGUUCCCAAUAGCCAGCUUCGCCACAUCCGCUUGGAGAACAACGACAACAAGCCAGUGACCAACUCGCGUGACACUCAGGAGGUCCCUCUGGAGAAGGCCAAGCAGGUGCUGAAGAUCAUCACAAGCUACAAACACACCACCUCCAUCUUUGAUGACUUCACUCAUUAUGAAAAGAGGCAAGAAGAGGAGGAGGUGGUGAGAAAGACUUAUGAGCCAGCCCCAAUACAGAGCCGGUCUCGUCUUGAUCAAGAUCGCCAGAAUCGGAGUAAACAAUAGAAAACUGCUCUACAGCUUGGUCAACGGUUGUUCUGGAAUAGACAUGCUGAAAUGCAAAAUUGAUAGAGGACAGGACACAAAUUGGAAACUAAUAUUGUUUUUCUAUUUAAUUUUGAUGACAAAGGCCCACUUUAAACUUCGAACCACCUUGCUCCUGGUUCCAGGCAUCAAAACUCUGUGUGCGAUAUCGUCAUCUCCACCAGUCAAAUAUUUUCAAUUGUUUUAUUUGUUUUCUUCUGGUUUUAGGUUUUUAGCUUGUCAGGUCCUCAUUUGCUACCCCCACCCUAACACUCUUAUGAUUAACAAUGUCUGUGUACACCUUUUUUGAGAAUCUCUUUAAAACAUGCUGCUGAUAUUCAGUGACUGUUCAACUUGUGGUGGUGUGUGUUGGAGACAUGUUAAGUGCUUGUAUUGGUUAUUCUGAAUUCAGAGGAGAGAACAACACAUUACUGAACCUUGACAAACGUCUGAUAACUGUAUGUGGCCAGUUUUGUUUUGCAUUAUCAAGAGAGACUUAUACUAUACCAUUUUUGUCCAUGUGAGGGUGAUCUUGUGACUUGGAAGAGUUGAUUGUGCUAAACGUUUCUGCAAAUAACUAGAAUGGAUAAUGUGGUUGUGUCAUUACAAAUACAUUGGGGGAGGGGUGGGACAUUUUACAUUUUGAAAAAUGUGUUAUUGUUCACUGUUGUGUCAACGCAAAUAUGGUAAAUAGACAUUUGGUUUUCAGAGUGGAGCCUUACCUUUUCUUUCUAGCGACGGUGUCAAUGAACCUCAAAUUUGUUGUACUGUAUCUAAAGGGUGACAUAGCAAGAUUCAGGGAAAUUAUGUUGUCUGGAGAAUGUGCACUCACACAGGAGGUCCCUCUUGUUGAAGUACUAAACAAAUUGUUUUGUGUUCAGAUUCAAGACAGAUAAUAGGAUAACUUUUAAGUGUCUGUUUUUCUUGUUAAUUUUGAUCAUACAGUAGUUUUGUUCCUCUGGUCCCCACCAUUCCAACAGGGUCUCCAUUUAAGUCAUUAGGGGACAAUGUAGCAUGUACUGCUUUUAAAAUCAAGCCAGGCCUGUCACCAUUUCUGUUGCUUGUCCUUAACAGGAUUAAAAUGUUGAUAUUUUGUCGAUAUAACCGUUCCACUUCAUCCACAGAGACGUUAAGCUUUAAUGUAUUGGCAAUGCUAACUGAGAACGCCUCAAAUUUUAACCUCAAGAUUAAUGUUAAUGAUUUAUUGUCAAUUGUAUGAAAACCCAGAGUGCUCUAUAUGGUAUCUGCGUGUGACUUCAUUUUGGACCUGCUUGUACUGUGUGUGUGUCUGUAUGCGAGUGAGAAAGACAAGAGGGUGUGUGAUUACUAAGGAAACCAGAUUUAUAAAGGUUAUCAGAAAUUAAAUGAUUCAUGAGAAUAUAUGAAAACUAAAGUUAGUCACCCCUGAAUUAAAUAUGCAUUGUAUCAAAGGUCACUAUCACAUUCUUAGAUUUGAUCAUGGUCAUUAUUAAAGGUAUACUAUCUGUUAUUUGUGUUUUCUACUUAUUUGCUUUGAAUCAUUGUGACUGGCAGCUAGAUACCAUGAUUGCGCCGAGCCUAUUUAAUCUAAUGUGGGUGUUUCUAUAAUGUGCAUCAAUGUCCUUACAUAUUUUCAUUAUGGACUUUUUCAUUACAAAUGUGAAAAGUCUGAACACUUGGGAAAUAUAUCAUAUGUGCAAUGUACCAUUAAGAACACAAUUUUACUAUUGGGACUAACAUGUAAUUUAGGCAGUGAACCAAGAACAUUUUUACAAGGACAAAACCAAGGAAAGUCUAAAUUCCGGGCAACCUCAUUCCAAGUACUACAGAGGAAAUAUCAAAUACAUUUUCAUACAUUGUUUUAUUAAUUAUCUGGGGCGUAAGGGUCCCCACAAUUAUUUUACACAUGCGAUUGGGAAAGUGUCACUCGUAAAACAAUGCGUAUUCCAAAACCAUUGUCCGGUUUGACGUCGUUAGGGGAUUUCUCUCUUGGCAUUCACCGCGUGCCUUAAUUGUACAACUUAAAUCAAGGUCCGCUGUGAACACGAAGAGUGCCAAUCCCGAACCCAUAUUUACCUCCCAUACCCUACUCACCUCGGACGUUAACAUUGCCAAUACCAAUAAAUUAGCCGAUUGAAUUGAUUACUUUUUCAUAUUUAACCUUUGACCCAACAAUUAGAUGUCAUGACUGUUAAUGGCUCUUUCAAAAAGAAACACUUCCUACUAUAGGAUCUAAAAUACCAACGUUACGACUGGUCUGAGAAAUUCAUCCAUUAAGGUUUAAGCGGACAGGCAUACCGAUGCACAUUCACAAGAGCCGGGCUCGUUCAUCCACAAAUCUAGCGAUCAUGCAAGGAGCUGGAUGUUCACAUUAGAUGACUCCCACACACGACUUUUAUUGUGUAGCAAACUAAAGAUGUCCGAUGCAUCCCAAAACGAAAGCAUUUAGAUUUAGCCUACCCAACGGCUGCUAACCUUACACUACGGUCGACACUCACAGCUGAUAGAGGUAAAUAGUAUAUUAAGAAUAUAUUGAAGUUUAGAAAACAGACUAAUGUGGUCCAUAAAAUAUAUAGGCCAAAUAAGGCAGUUUGGUCCAAUCAUGCAACAUCCAGUACCGUAAUUUCCAGUUUUGAGCUCCCGGUAGCAAACAAACGAAGGGGGGUUCACAUGUUGUACGUCAAUUGUAUUUGUAAUAUGA